AAGGCGGCCGAGGAGUUGGCUGCAAAGGAGGCCGAGGCGGCCAGACGUGCCCCGGCCGAGGGGGGCGGGGCUACUGCUGGUGCGGCCCCGAAGCCUGCCCAGUCCAAGAAGAAGAGGCCUCCCACUGACGAUCAGAAGAAAUUGACUGAGGUUGGCCUGAAUGUCACUAAGAAGACGAAGAGGGCACCGUCUCCUUCCCAUGCUGAUGAGGUCGGUACUCUGACCGUCCCAAGUGUGGACGAUAGUGGUCCCGUUGUGGAUCUUACUGCUGCUCCAAGCGAUGCUGCCCAAUCGCUCCCUCUCGUCCAGGAGCCACGGACGAAGAGGGCCGGCAAGGAGAUUGCCGCUGCCACCUACCAGAAAAUGGUGGAAUACCCCGUCGGCGGGGGUGUUUUUGACGAUGUCGUCCUCGGCCACGAUGUGCUGGCCCAGGCCAUGCCGGUUAAAGAUCGGGCCUACCUCAAGAGGCUCGGGGACGUCAAGGUGUACGAAGGCGGGAUGGACCUCCUCGUCCAAGGUGCCUUCAUGCUCAUGGAGAGCCACAAGAGGCAGCACCGGGAGAUUGCUCGCCUGAGGGAGCUUGAGCAGAAAGCUGCCUCGGCUGAUGAGGCGGUAGCCUGCUUGGAUCGGCUCCGGGAGGAUGCCAAGGCCUUGCAAAAGAGGGCCGAUGAGGCAGCUGCUGCCAGGGACGAUGCCUUGGCCAAACUCGAGGAGAGCCAGAGGGCGCUUGAGGCUGAACGACGCAAAAAUGAUGAAGCCGUGAAGGCAAAAGCUGAGGCCGAGGCUGCCGCUGUGAAGGCCGCUGAUGAGGCCGUUCAGCAGUUCUUGGCCGAGGGGUGGAAGGCCGAUGAGCGGCUCUCCUGGUGUUAUGAAGUGGUGGCCGCCAAGCUUGAAGAUUGGGGAAUGAACUCCCCUGCCGGCCAGGAGUACUUUAGCAGGGAGAUGGCCGUGUACUACAAUAUGGGCCAAGAGCGGAUGCAGAGGCUCCUGUGUCGGUGGCUAUCGCGUGCCCUCAAAGCCAUGAAUUACACCUCCGGGUGGGCGAGGCGGAACUUGAAGCUUCCCAAGCUGAUGAAAGAUCUCGAGGAGCAGGCCAAGCUUCCUCUUUCGGAGCGGGAGCCCCCAAUCGAGAGUUCCGGCCUCGGCGAGCCGGAUUACGACGAGUUUGACUUCCUGGAUGAUGCCACCAGUUCAGCAGCUGCUGUCGGCCGGGAGACUGAGGCCGAGGAGGGAGCCGAGGACGCCGAAGAGGAAACCCAGGCUGGACAUGGAGGCGCCCAAGAGUCUUGAUCGGCUACUCCCCGCUCCCUUUCUUGUAAUUAAUUAUCUUUUAGUUUUGCCCAUCUGAUGUAAUGGUCGAAGCGCCC